GCAAGCUCUCGAUUAUUCUGUGUUGUUCUUACGAUGCUAAUUGAUGAUCCGUCUCUCCACACCAGUGGGAAAUACAUCACAUCAGCCCUAUUUGUUUGGGCACUGCUCUGUGAAGUGCCGGGGUCUGUUCGCACCAGCACGGGAGCGACGCAGUACGUCAUCGCUGCUUGGCUCAUUUUUGUGCUCAACGUGAACGUGGCGAUCAAGGGAAUGCUAUCUGCUGAAGCAUUGGGGCCGUUAAAUAGACCGUAUCGUACACUUCAGGAUCUGAGCAAAGGCGAUCCUCAUGUUGUUGUGGGAAUACCCUCUCAUUUAUACAGUGACGCUCUUCACACUAUGGGUUUUCCUCCCGAACGCCAGUUCCUCUGCGUGGGGUCAGAGCAAGAGCAGCGCUGUCAGGAGAGGUUUAACAGCGAUCAGCAUUUUGCCGUCGUGAAGAUCACCAAGCUGGCGGCGGGCGUCAAGUGCCUGACGAGUUGCAGCUACGAGUUGGAGGACAACCUGCUGCAGCGAUCGUUCGCGCUGUUCGUCAGGCGAUCGUGGCCGCUGCGCGGGGUCCUCGAUGAUACCAUCCGGAGGCUGCAAUCAGCGGGCCUGAUCGAGGCCUGGGUAGCGCGGCACGAGCACCUCAGCAGGCUGGCCAAGGCCCGCGAGGCACAACGGCUGCACCCACCUCCGAAUACGACGGCGGUGCUACCCAUUGGAACGGUUUUUGUGCUAAGCGCCGGCCUUUCCACGGCCACCGCAAUAUUUCUUGCCGAAAUCGUCCUGGCGAGAGUUUCGCACACAGCUACCAUUUGAAACAUUAGUAAAAGUGAAAGUAUUACAUAUUUAACCCUGUAGGGGUCGGGGACGUCGAGUGACCCUUAAACA